UUUACAAGUGAUGAGCUGUAGGAAGGCUGUUCUUUAAAAACAGAAGCUGUGUUGUAUAAAGUGCAGACAUAAAAUCAGAGCUGAGAGAGGAGCUAGAGAACUGAAGAACAGCAACUUGAAAAUGCUGAGGAAUGGAAGAGAGAAAGAGGAGUGACUGGAAAGAUAAUGGCAUUCCCUGUGGAUAUGUUGAAUGGCUACACUCAUGAAGACUUGGAGAGCUCUGCAGAGGACUACUUGUCUGAACUUCGUUGCGGGGAUCCAAAUCAGCCUGAGUUCUUAUCCCUGUCAGACCACAGCAAAAUUCCUAUUAGCUUGUCAACUGUGGGCUUUGUUCCUCUUUAUGGUGGAGAGCAGACACACAAAGUUCUUGCUUUGUUUGCACCAGAGGACUCUCUCACAGCUGUAGCCCUGUUUCUUGCUUACCAGUGGUGGUCAAUUGAUGACAUUUUGAGAACAUCUGUUUCUUCUAGAGAGGGGCUUCAGCAGGUGAAUUCUGUGGGGGAGAGGAUAGUUCUGUAUGUUCUGAAUCGAAUUAUCUAUCGCAAAAAUGAAAUGGAGAGAAACGAGACCCCAUUCCUUUGUCACAGCAGUGAUGACUAUGCUAAGAUCAUGUGGAGAAAAGGAGAGGCUGUUGGGUUCUAUUCUGUUAAACCUGCAGGAGCUGCUUUAAGCCCGUACCAUACUCACCGUUACCAGCUACCAGUGCUGGACACAAUGUUUGUAAGGAAGAAGUGUCGUGGGAAAGACCUGGGGCUCAUGAUGUUAGAAGACUUUGUGGAAUCUUUUACUGAAGCCACUCUUGGUCUACGGUAUCCACUGUCAUCUUUCAUGUACAAAGCUUGUAAGCACUAUUUUGAGAAGUACCCUGGGGAUAAUGACAUUUUGUGCGAAGUGGAAGGAGCUGGAUUUUGGUCCCAGAGAAAAUCCAUUGCCACUGUAUUGCGAAGGGAAGAACUCAUAAAGGGCUCUCAGAAAGCAAGUGUGAGUUUCCAGUCGGUGGAUCAUUUUUGGCAAUCUGCAGCGAAUGAACUGAAGACUGGGCCAGAAACACAGCUAAGUACUGACUCUCAAAAAGACCAAGAAUCACUGGAUGACCGUGAAAGCAUAUCUGAAGACCCAAGCGUAGCACACGUUUCCAUUCGGACACGAAGCAGUCAUUUAAAACGUCCCAAGACAGGAAAAAAUAGCCACGAAUCUGGACCUGAAAUAUCCCAAGGAGAUGAGGAAAAUGCUCCUCACGCAUCAGCAGGCAGGCCAGAACUUCCCACUCACACAUCUAAAUGCUUUGAAGUUAUUGAGGAAGAACCUGAGGUUGAUGUUGAAAGUGGUGAGGAAAUGAUCACUUCUGAAGAGGACCAGAGUGUAUUAGAAACUGAGCUACAUACAUCACCAUCUGAGAAGCUGAGCGAGAAGGAGGGAACUCCAUCUGAAUCUCUUAAUGGGGAGGUAGCAGAAGAAACUACUAAGACCUUAGUUACGGCUGAAGAGGAAACUGCAAAUGAAGUCCUAGGUGUUGAAUCAAAGUUGCAGACUGAGAGUCAAGAAGAACCGUUAACACUGCUUGUUCCAUUAAUCCUUGAGUCUCCAGCAAAAGAGGCUGUGUCAGAGAAGGUUAUAAAUGCAAAUGAUUCAGAAGGACUGACUGAAGAAAGUGCAUUGGUGGAGAAGAAGGGUAUUGAAGAAGACAAGCAAGAAUCUGAAGAAAAAAAAUCAUCCACUGAAAACGUAGUUGCUUUAACACCAAAGGAAGAAAUCUCAAACAAUGGGCUACCAAACUCUGUCAGAAGUGAAGCAGUUGAAGAGGCUGUUUCUGAAAAUGUGUCACGCAAACCAGCUUCCUCAGGGGAAGAUCAAAAUGAGGAAGCAGAGCAGAACUCACAGGAGGCUUCUGUUGCUUUGGGUCAGAGCUCUUUGAUAGUGGUUGAACUGGAGGGUGUUUCUUUUCAGCAGCCUUCUGGACAGGAAGGACAGAAGAACCAGACAGAAGAGCACUUGGAGGAGUCUGCUGAGCAGACAGAGCAGUACACGCAGACGGAGCAGUACACGCAGACAGCAGAGCGGGCAGCUGACAGCAGCUCUGAGGAGGCAGAAAUCGAGGUGCCCAUUGUGGAUCGGAGAAAUUUGCGAAGGAAGGCCAAAGGUUACAAAGGUCCACCCAAGAAAAAAGGAAAGCCGGCUUAAAAUAAAUUGUUAAUUCAUCUGUUUGUACGAAAAAAAAACUUGUUAUUUUGUGUAAAACGCUAGGGUGUAACGAAAACGUAUAGGACACAGACGUUCACAAUAAAUACUGGGUUGGACUUCCUUUUGAGAUUCAUCACCUUUGCUCAAGGUUUCUUAAAUUUUUAACCAGUAGACAUUGAUCUUCUUCCGAGAAUGAAAUAAACAGCCAGUCUUCUUCUUUUAUAAACCAUACACGCUGAAUAAAGUUGUGCUGGCGAAGGAACAGUUUGCAUAUUUCAGGUGUCAGUCUGGGAAGGAAAAAUGAAGUAUGAAAUUCUGGAUUUAUUAAAGUUACUAAAAUUUUCAUAGAAUUUCAUGAGGCCUUUCAUCACAAAUUACUUUAAAAGA